UUCGUUAACAGGAUAUAUUGAUCAAGCUCUGUAACAAAGCAAUAAUACGCGUUGCCUUGGUAACGACUUUAUUUUUUUAAAUCAACUUUUAAUAGAUUUGAGAAUGUUUUAUAAAAUACCCGAAAUAUGACUACAGAAAACACAAUGUCGAAAAUAGCGAACAACUGCAGCACAUGCGACGAAAUAAGCAGCAUUUUCAAUCUUCAGGGUCAAGAAGAAUGUUCCAGCGAUUAUAAUGAUAAAUCUUCGUUAUCUUCAGAAACCACGACUGAAAAUUCAGUUAGGAUUGAAUCAACUUUUACUUGUCGAAAAGAAAGCCCCACUACCCUACCAUCCUUGUUAAGAGUAAACGGAAACAAGCUGGAAAAUAAAACGUUUUCUUCUGACAAAAUUCGUGAAAUCGAACGGAAGAACGCCAUUUUAGUGAACAAGAUUUUGCAUCAUAGCAGAAGACCAAAUCAAUACAUUUUUGCAGAGAAAACUCACGUGCCUAAAGUUCCAAGCGCCCAAAUAAAUAGGCAAAGGGAACAAGAGAAAAUUAGUCGAGAAAAUCAGAUUAUUUUGAAAAAAAUCCAAUCAGUGAAACCAUCCGUCAGAUACAAGUGGUAAAUAUUUUGGUUUUCAAUUAACUUUUCUAUCCGCUGCAAAUAGAACCUAUAUUUCUAUACAAUACAAUUAUGUGUUAUAUUUUAUUAUGUUAUUCAAUAAAACGUUAAUCGGAUAAAUGUCAUCUCAAACGGUUAAUUUUUGUUAGUUGCCUAGGCCUAAACAAAAUACUUAUACAAUAACCAAUAGAUCUAAAAUAUAAGAUACCGAUCACAUAUAUUGGUGCGUUAGUUGUGUUCAUAUAGCUACUAGACGUAUAGGGACCCUGCCGAUGCAGAUAAUACAGAAACUUAUGAAGCA